AUGGCAUCCGGAGUUAAAGUUGAUGCUGCUUGCAAACAAGCAUAUGAUGAUUUACAUAAUAAACACCUCCAUUCAUAUCUUAUUUUUCGAAUUUCUGAUGAUGAUACAACUAUAAUUGUUGAGAAAAAGGGAGAGAAAAAUGCACCAUAUUCCGAAUUUGUUAAGGAAAUGAAAAGUUUAGUUGGAGAUGGAAAGCAAUGCAGAUACGCAUCAGUUGAUGUCCAAGUAGAAGUUCAGCGACAAGGAGCUGAAGGGAUAUCACGCAUUUCGAAAGUUAUAUUCGUUCAAUAUUGUCCAGAUGAAGCUCCAGUUCGUCGUCGUAUGCUUUACGCUUCUUCUGUUUGUAAUUAUAUUUAA